GUACAUCGGGAAUUGUAGUUCUAGAUUGAGGAACGAGAAGUGCUUCCAAGCGUCCAUUUUGAGCCCUGGAAACUACGACGACCAAAGGGCCACGGGUUCCUGGGUCGUUUCUCAUUUCCGUCGAGUUAAACGUCUGGGGCUGCUUCUGAGGAAUCAGCUUGACUGGAAGGGCCCCCAUUCCUUCUUUCCGAUCCGCGAUUACCCUGGACUCGAAGUCAGCCGACCCGGUUCUAGGCCAGCUCUGCCUCUCACCCUCUGUGACCUUGGGCAAAUCAUACAACUCUGGGACUCAGUUUCUUCCUCUCUAAAACGGAGAUGACUGUUGCUCCAUCAGUCUCAGCCAGCAAGUUCAGCUCCGGCAAGUCAUUUGAUUCACCCGGUGAUGAAAUGGGGGUCAACCAGUCUGUGGGCUUUCCGCCUGUCACAGGACCCCACCUCGUAGGCUGUGGGGAUGUGAUGGAGGGUCAGAAUCUCCAGGGGAGCUUCUUUCGACUCUUCUACCCCUGCCAAAAGGCAGAGGAGACCAUGGAGCAGCCCCUGUGGAUUCCCCGCUAUGAGUACUGCACUGGCCUGGCCGAGUACCUGCAGUUUAAUAAGCGCUGGGGGGGCUUGCUGUUCAACCUGGCGGUGGGAUCUUGUCGCCUGCCUGUUAGCUGGAAUGGCCCCUUUAAGACAAAGGACUCUGGAUACCCCUUGAUCAUCUUCUCCCAUGGCCUAGGAGCCUUCAGGACUUUGUAUUCAGCCUUCUGCAUGGAGCUGGCCUCACGUGGCUUUGUGGUUGCUGUGCCAGAGCACAGGGACCGGUCAGCGGCAACCACCUAUUUCUGCAAGCAGGCCCCAGAAGAGAACCAGCCCACCAAUGAAUUGCUGCAAGAGGAAUGGAUCCCUUUCCGUCGAGUUGAGGAAGGGGAGAAGGAAUUUCAUGUUCGGAAUCCCCAGGUGCAUCAGCGGGUAAGCGAGUGUUUACGGGUGUUGAAGAUCCUGCAAGAGGUCACUGCUGGGCAGACUGUCUUCAACAUCUUGCCUGGUGGCUUGGAUCUGAUGACUUUGAAGGGCAACAUUGACAUGAGCCGUGUGGCUGUGAUGGGACAUUCAUUUGGAGGGGCCACAGCUAUUCUGGCUUUGGCCAAGGAGACCCAAUUUCGGUGUGCGGUGGCUCUGGAUGCUUGGAUGUUUCCUCUGGAACGUGACUUUUACCCCAAGGCCCGAGGACCUGUGUUCUUUAUCAAUACUGAGAAAUUCCAGACAAUGGAGAGUGUCAAUUUGAUGAAGAAGAUAUGUGCCCAGCAUGAACAGUCUAGGAUCAUAACCGUUCUUGGUUCUGUUCAUCGGAGUCAAACUGACUUUGCUUUUGUGACUGGCAACUUGAUUGGUAAAUUCUUCUCCACUGAAACCCGUGGGAGCCUGGACCCCUAUGAAGGGCAGGAGGUUAUGGUACGGGCCAUGUUGGCCUUCCUGCAGAAGCACCUCGACCUGAAAGAAGACUAUAAUCAAUGGAACAACCUUAUUGAAGGCAUUGGACCGUCGCUCACCCCAGGGGCCCCCCACCAUCUGUCCAGCCUGUAGGCACAACUGGCCAUUUGUAAAGUCACUUCAGCCAAGUUUUCAUUUGGGAGCUACCCAAGGGCACCCAUGAGCUCCUAUCAAGAAGUGAUCAACGUGACCCCUUUUCACAGAUUGAAAGGUGUAAUCACACUGCUGCUUGGAUAACUGGGUACUUUGAUCUUAGAUUUGAUCUUAAAAUCACUUUGGGACUGGGAUGCCUUGCUGAUUGACAAACAGACUUUCUGGGACCUUGAUGGAGUGGGGAACAAGCAGUAGAGUGGGACUGGGGGAGACCCAGGCCCCGGGCUGAGCACUGUGAGGCCUGGAGGUGAAGACUCAGCCCAGCGAGCUCAUUCCCUUACCCCCGGCCAGUGCUGCUGCUUCAGUGGAAGAGAUGAAGCCAAAGGAUAGAAUGAAAAUCCCUACCUUCAGAGACUCUAGCCCAGCCCAACACCAUCUCUUCCUACCUCUCAGCCUUCUCCCUCCCCAGGGCCACUUGUUGAAGUCUGAGCACUUUAUGUAAAUUUCUAGGUGUGAGCCGUGAUCACAUUUUCUAUUUAUUUCCAAGUCUUCUCAUUGUAUGGAACAUAGUACUACUUAUACUUACAGUAGUAAGUUAUACUUGUGAGCCCACAGAGUGGCAGACAGCAUGCCUCUCACAGCACAGGGAGAAAAACUGAGGUACAAAGAGGUACCUCAGAAGCUCUGGAUGUCUUUGGGGGUUUUGCUAAGUGUAUCUUGAUAGGAAACAACACAAGCAGGUUGAGAUGGGGAAGAUGACAGAACAACAGUGUUAAAUGGCCAUUUGCACAGGCCUUUGCCACAACAGAGAAGUAGUUUGGUCAGCUAAAACUCAGCUGCAGCCUGGACAGUAGAGCGAGACCCCAUCUUAAAAGUAAAGAAGGCUGGGCGUGGUGGCUCAUGCCUGUAAUCCCAGCACUUUGGGAGGCCAAGGCAGGCAGAUCACUUAAGGCCAGGAGUUCAAGACCACCUGGCCAACAUGGUGAAACCCCGUCUCUACUAAAAAUACAAAAAAUUAGCCUGGCGUAAUGGCAGGCGCCCGUAAUCCCAGCUAUUCAGGAGGCUGAAGCAGAAGAAUCACUUGAACCUAGGAGGCGGAGGUUGCAGUGAGUCAAGAUCGCGCCACUGCACUCCAGCCUGGGUGACAGAGCAAGACUCUGUCUUAAAAAAAAAAAAAAAAGAAAGAAAGAAAAAGAAAAAUUUAAAAUAAAUAAAAUUUAAAAACGCAGAAGACCACUCCCAGAGAGGCCUAGGAGUACCUUGGUCAUUUUUUCUUGCCUCAAAUAUUAUAAACCUCCAACUUGCUCAGAAUCAGGGUGCUUUUAUUGUCUGUUUUCUGGCUCUGAGGCCCUUGCCCCAAAUUUAAGUCAGAUACAGACUGAAUUUCCAUUCUGUUCCGUUUAUAAUAUGAAUGAUAUUAAUACUCUUGUUUGCUUAAUGUUAUGUUGGAAUUUUCUGUUUAAUCUGCAGUAGAGCAAGAUGGAGAGCCAUCUGGAAUUGACUUCCUUCUGUCUUUCUUCUGUGUUCACUUACUACUUGGGCCCAUGUGGGAAAAAAAACUUUAAAAGGAAGGAAGUCUUCUUAGGGAUCCAGUUCAAAGCUAUUUGGGGGCAUCAAACUGAAACUCUCUUCUCCACUACUCAAGACUUCGUGCCUCAGUCCAAGUAGGUGAGAGCAAAAGGGAAAUGCAUCUCUACACAAUGGCCCAUGGUCAGGGCCACCAGAGCAAGCUGGGCCUAGAUCUCCACCUGUCAAUGACUGGCCAUUCUAAGAGGUGAAACAGCAGAUCGUUGAGGCUGUGAGGGAGGAUCUUUGAAUUCCCAUGAGACAUAGCAUAAGAAGGGUAUCAUUAAAGCCCUGGGCUCUAAAGUUACAGAGCCUGGUUUUGAGUCCUGGCUCCACCACUGCCAACUGGGUAAAUUUGAGCAAAUGGUAUUCUCUUUCUUAUCUCAGCUCCUGUGUUUCUAAAAUGAGGGUCUGCGUUAUGAAUAGUUAGGAGGAUUAAGUGAGAGGAUGUAUAACCCAUGGGUUACUUAAAAGUAUAUUUCCUACCUUCCAAACAUGAGAUUUUUCUAGUUAUAGUUUUUCUUUUCUAGCUUGAUUGCUUUGUGGUCAGAGAAAAUGACCCAUAUGGUUUCCAUCCUUCAAAAUUUGUUGAAACUUGGUUGUUGGCCUAGUAUGAGAUCAAUGUUGUAAAUGUGCCAUGUAUGCUUAAAAAGACUAUAUAUUCUGAAGAA